CAAACGUAGAGCUCUACAUGUUCCACACCGCCUCUGCCUUCACUUCCUUCUCCUAUUUUGUGUGGGAAAAAAGCCGAAAGAUCCCCGUUCCUAAAGAUUUCCCUGAAAACCUUCCUUCCAUGGAAGGUUGCUUAACUGACGAGUUGAUAAAUCUCAUAACCAUUCAACAGGAAUUCAUGAAACUCCAAUCUGGUGAUCUCCACAACACAUGUAGAGUGAUUGAAGGAGAAUACAUAGAUCAACUAGCUCAGAACGAACUCAGAACCCGGUGGGCUAUCGGACCAUUAAGUCAUCAUUUGGGAGGAAGAAUUGAGGAGCAGAGCAACUCAAGUGGGGAAAACAUAUGCCUGAAUUGGCUUGACAAACAACCACCAAAGUCAGUCAUAUACAUCUCCUUUGGGACUACGAGUUCUUUUGUAAAGGAACAGAUUGCGGAACUGGCAGUUGGGAUAGAAGAAAGCAAGAUUAGAUUCAUCUGGGUGCUCAGAUAUGCUGAUAGAGGAGAUGUUUUUGCAGAAGAAGAUCAGAGUCCCGAGCUUCCAGAAGGAUUCGAAGAGAGAACGGAAGGAGAGGGGAUGGUGGUGAGAGGGUGGGUACCUCAGGCUGAAAUCCUAAACCACCCAUCCACUGGAGGUUUCUUGAGUCACUGUGGGUGGGGUUCAUGUUUGGAGAGCAUUAGCUCCGGGGUGCCAAUGGCAGCAUGGCCAAUGCACUCUGACCAGCCAAGGAACUCCACGUUGUUGACACAGGUGUUGAAGGUCGGUUUGACUGUAAGGGAGUGGUCACACAGAGAAGAAUUAAUAACAGCAUCGGCAAUGAAAGAAGCUCUGAGGACACUAAUGGCUUCAGAGGAAGGAGAAAUGAUGAGGAAAAGGGCAGAGGAAUUAGGAAGGGCUGUUCGUCAGGCUACCGAAGAAAGUGGAGUUUCUCGAAAGGAGUUGGAAUCCUUCAUCAACCAUAUCACUAGGUAGACCCAUGAACAAAACAAGAAAACAUGAAAUAGAAUACUUUUUGAAUUGUUUUUAAGUUGUUUUUUCUGCUAUAAAAAGUAGAGAUUGUUAAUGAAAAUUUUGAGUUGAAGUGUUAUACUCCCCUCUAUUUUCGAUUCUGCUCUUCAUCUUCUUUUUGGUCUUUUCUCUAUUUCUUUGUGAAAAAACCAACAACAUCAUC